GCCCCGUCGAAAUGGUCAAAAUAGCUAUUCCCCUAGUUGCCCUGGCUAUGGCGGCAUCGGUCGCUGCAGUCCCUGCCGCAACCUCUCCAACAACGUUCUCCUUUGCGCAGUGGGUCGAGGACAUCAUCGCCAACCCCGACACGGCUCUCACGGUCGACGAGGCCGUCGCAGCUGCCCGCGCCGCUGACGUAAUCGGCUCGGCAGCUGGCCUUCAGAAGAGGGCCUGGUGCGAUCCGUCAGAUUGGCCGCGCGCACCUGGGCGGGAUGCUGCAGCCUGUGUUGACUACCUUGCCCGCAAGGGCCAAAGCGGCACCAACUGCGGCAUUCCAGCGGGCGGGCGCGCUGUUCAGAUGUGCCGCAUCGGUGGCGCACAGAUUCAAGCGAGUCGAGGGACCCAGAUUCCCCAGUCGGUAAACUGCAACGACGUUGCUCGCACUGUGGGAAUUGUCUUUGACAACUGCUGGCGAUCCGACGAUACAAUUGCGGGCUCUGAGAUCUGUAUCUCGGAAAGUCGGAUGCUGAUUGGGGUUCUUGGAGCCUAAGGCUAGAGCCUAGG